UUUUUAACAGUGUAAUUAAGCCCCGAAUGAACCAUUAUGCUUUUCUUUUCCCCCAAUCAGAGUGUCAGAACACAACCGGCAGGGAGUGCCGGUGCAUGCAAGGCUUCAAAUGGAGCGAUGAAGUUUGUCAAAAAGAUAAAAAAUGUUGUAACAAAGAGAAAUGCACCUUCAAAAAAGACUCAACUGACAUAUGUGUUUCAAACAACGCAGUCUCUGUAAAGGGAUCCCUCACUCUGAGAGGAAAGGAGUAUGAAGGUUGUCUGAAGGAAGAUGAGGAAUAUCGCAAGUGUAAUAACAAACUGUUACGUCAGAUGAAAACUGUGUACAGCACUUUGACAGGAUUUGACACGUUAACUAUUAAAAAAUACAGUGCUGGAAGCAUCAUCGCAGAUUUUGAAAUGACCAUGGCUUACAAGUUAAGCUCUGGAGAUUUUGAGGAAAAAACGCUGCUCCUGGCCCGUAAUGUGUCAGGAUCACUUCAUUUGGAGACGUCAGGUGUUGUCAAUUUAACGAUGCCGACGCCUACUCCUGUGUGUAACUCCCACCAGCCCUACUUCAUAUGCACAACCUUAGAGGACCUGAAAACCGACCCGGUGUGGGAGCUGGAAAGAAACAAAGAAGUGUUUAAAAUAUUUAGUGGCACAGAGGCCACGUUGGAAACUGAAACAAUGAGGACCACAAUCAAACUCUCAAAUGUAUCAGCACUCUGGGAAGGAAACUACACGUGUGCCUAUAACCAAAAGAUAAACACUAGCACCAUAUCUCACAAAGCCAGCGCCCCACUAGACAUUUCCCUCUUGCCAAACAUUGAGAUCACCACAGUUCCAGCAUUUCCGCACUGCCCAGACAGUGUAUCAUAUCUGAAUGUAAGAAUCAAUUGUGAGAUAGAAAAAAACGGUGAAGAUUAUACCGUGACAUGGAACGGCAAAAACUUCUUAAGCGGAUUAACACCUAAUGCUGAACCAGCUGAAAAUGGACCAAGACUUGUUUUUUCAGCUGAUGCAAUUGUUAGCUGUGAUAAAAAGGUGAAGCCAUAUGCAACAUGCACUUUUAGUAACAGGUGCAAUGAAACACGGAGAGCUUCAACUGACGUCCUCAUCAUAUUUGAAAAUGAUCCGUUCUGCCCAGCUGACUAUGAUUGGAAAAACACCAAAGCCGGAGAGACUGCAGUGUUAAAAUGCAGAAAUGAGGCUGGACGGAGGACAAGGGAAUGCAAACUUAGUGGUACACAGGCCAAAUGGGAGCCAGAGAUUUCAGAGUGUGUGAACAAAAAAGUUAACAAUGUGCUGGAAAGUGCAAACAUUGUUGACAUUGGACUUGGCUCAUUAGAUGAAAAUGCUGCAAAUGUGUUUUCCCUCCUUGAGAACGUCACUGAAAGCUCAGAGACCAUCAACACUUUUCCCAACAUGAAUACAUCUGUUCAAGUACUCUCAAGUUUGAGUCAAAGAAUAAAAAGCAUAAAUAAUGACACAGCAGUAAAUGACUUUCUGGAAUCAUCCAGUAAUUUGCUGGAAAGCUCUCUAAGCAAAUCAUGGACAACGAGGAAUAACGCAAGCAAUAUCUCAUUGGCUCAGAGAUACCUGACUUCUGUUGAGCGAUUGGUUCAGAUGACAAAUAUAAAAGGUCUCGCAAAAAAGAAAAAUCUAGAGGUAACCUCAUCCAACUGCACAUCAUCCACAUGUAAAAACAAGGUGUUCGAUGUCACUGUUGGUCUUUCUGGUCUGGACCCUGGCAACAUAAAAACAGCUGCGUUCCAUGGACUGGAGAAGUAUUUGCCCAAUAAUGAUGUAGAUUUCGAGCCUAACAGCAUCGUAGUGACAACAGUAGCGAACAACACUGAAGGGACAAAACGGUCCAGCGAUUCAGUUGAGGUUACAAUCAACUUUAAAUUGAACCAGCCGAGACGUCGCCACCAUAAUAUGAAGUGUGUCUCAUGGGACAACGCAGCUGGAGGUUGGACACCAGACAAUUGUAAAUGGGGAGGGGCUUUUAAACAGGAUCAAUGCAUUUGCAAGAAGUUGUCCUCAUUUGCCAUUCUCAUGUCAAGGUACCCAGAGGACAUUGACGGGAUCGUUGAGGUGUCCUACGUAGGACUGUGUUUAUCAGUCUUAUCACUCGUUGCCAGCAUUGUGAUAGAACUCAUCGUCUGGACCACUGUGGUUAAGACCAAUAGUCUAUAUCUACGCCAUACCGCCCACAUUAACAUUUCUCUCUGUUUGCUAAUUGCAGAUUGCUUCUUUUUAGCAUCUUCUAAUCCAGGUGAUAUGACAAUAACGUGGUGUAAGACUUCUGCGGUGUUGAAGCAUUACUGUUACCUGUCCAUGUUCUUUUGGAUGUUGUGUCUGAGCAGCAUACUUCUUCAUCAAACAUGUUUUCAAUUCCAUCAGGUUGGCAAGAAAGCCUACCUGAGGUUGUCACUCCUCAUUGGCUACGUGUGUCCUCUUCUGAUUGUUGUCGUCACGUUUCUUUGCAAUAAUAGUGGUGCUGAGGGAAUGUACUACUCCAAAGACACCUGCUGGCUAGUUUAUGUUGGAUUAAUGGAAGGCUCCAUCCAUACAUUUGUCUUGCCAGUCGGUAUAAUUGUCAUCUUCAACAUCUUCUCCAUGGUGGUGGUAAUCAUGAAGCUAUUGGAUCAUCCAAAGAACCCAGGCUUAUCUGAUGAUAAAGAAAAACAGGCUGCCAAAACUGUAUUGAGGUCAGUUAUUCUUCUGACCCCAAUCUUCGGUGUGACUUGGAUUUUUGGGUUUGCUUUAAUGCUUCUAGACCUCACGAUGGGAACAUUGGCUAUUGUAGUCAAUUACGCCUUUACCGUGCUGAACGCAUUCCAGGGUUUGUUCAUUUUGUUAGCCACAUGCCUGGGCGAAAAAACGACCCGUGAAGCACUGAAGAAGCGUCUAAGGAAAAAUGCUCCAGCAUCGAGUACUGACAGCACCGUGAAGUUAGACAAUUGGAAGAAGUGAGAAUCAUCUUAAAUGUGUGCACUCUUAAAUCAAACAUAUUUUUGCUUAAAACUGCCGAUAAAAGCUUCUGGAGCAACAUUAGUGCCCAUUUGAUGAUUUUGUUGUUUAUUUUUAUGUUUAACCUGUGAUACAAGUCAACAACACAAUGUUGUAAUGUAACAGUUAUGUGUGUUUUGACGUGUGUUUUUAUAUUUACUUUCCCUGUUCUUUUAUAUUAAAUUACAUAUUAAUGGCAAAUCGGGUUUGAGCAAUACUGUAUAUUUUAUGUUUUUCAUUCAUAUGUCGUGGCAAUUUUAACAACUGCACUAAGUUAAUGGGUGAGCUGGCCAAACACAAAGCACUCAAUACUCUGUUCAGCAAGUUUUAUUAGCACAUUCUCAUUCCAUACACCGCACAAUUCCGAAUGGCUAUUUUACACUACAAAAAAGUCCCGUACACCUCUCGACUUAUGACUGUUGCACUUUUCAGCAUUGGCUUUUCAGCAAGACUCAAUGCGGCCCUAUCUUCCUGCCCUACUCAUCACAUCAGGACAGACCCCACUGAUCUACAUGUUCCCCUCAAUCAUGGUGUUAUCAGAGUUAAGGCCCUAGUGAGUUGCCACAAGGCCUUGUGUCUUGAAUAUCAAGUAGGUCGCAGCUUACUUCUUGUACCACCAUGACAGGAAGUACCAAAUUUCCUUCACACAUAUUAAAGCACUAAAACACCGUGAAAACAUGCCUUACACGCACUUUGUUGUGUUAAUGUGAGUUAAGCCUACGUCUGAAUGUUGCUAAAGGUCCCGUUUUCUUCAUUUUCCUUGCCCUGUUCCGCCCACUCCUCGUCCGUGUCAUCCAUUGAAAUCCCUUUCUGGGCUGCCAUCUUGCGGUAGGACUGGCACUCAAUUUCUGCUCUGCAACAUACAGAAACAUGGGAAUUAACUUUUUAAACUUGUAAUGUUAUCAUGUAAGGUUAUUGAGUUGUGUUUUUGAAGAAAAAGCUUUGUAUACAGAAACAAAAUUUGAUUAAAUAAAGUAUGACAGAA